GUUCAUUGUACCAUUUCUCUCUUCUUUGGUGAUGACGGUGAAACGCCAAGCCGGCUUACGAAUUCAAGUCGAAUUCCGAGAUGUUACAAGAAUUGUUAAGGUCUCCUCUUCUUUGCUUGGAAAGUGAGAUGGUAUAGUGAAAGACUUUUAGUUCUUGGUUCUCCGGUUCUUCAACUCAAACACCCCCCUUGCUUUAAAGUAUAAAGUAUACCGCGGUUUUCUCAUCUUCUCCAAAACGAUGUUUGCGCUCCGACAACUACACUCUCAGUUUGUCGUCAAGGUGCCUGAACCAAUCACUUCUUUCGAAGGCAAGACCAUCAUAAUCACUGGUGGAAAUACAGGUCUGGGCUUCGAAGCAGCGAAAUACUACCUCAAACUCAAAGCAUCCAGAGUCAUUCUUGCUUGCCGCUCCCUCGAGAAGGCAGAUAAAGCCAAGCUCGAGCUGGAACAGAGUUUCCCUAUAAGUGGACAUAUCGUAGAAACAUGGCAGGUUGAUUUAUCUUCCUAUGCAUCUGUCAUUCAGUUUUAUGAGAAGGCAAGAUCUCUGCCGCGGUUGGAUGUCCUGCUCCUAAACGCGGGAAUUAUGACCAAAGAAUAUCGUGUAGCGGAGGACAAUGAGUCAACUAUCACGGUUAAUGUCAUUUCGACUUUCUUGAUGGCAUUUUUAUUGAUGUCGAAAUUGAAAGAAACUGCAAGUUUUUUCGGUACAACGCCACAUUUGACGGUAGUGUCCUCCGAUCUACACUUUCUUAGUGACUUUUCGGAAUGGAAAACUGAUGAUAUAUUCGCAUCUUUGAAUGAUAAGAAAUCCGCUCGUAUGAAUGAUAGAUACAAUGUGUCGAAACUCAUAGAGAUUCUCCUCGUCCGUCAUUUCGUAUCUGUACACGGCACAAACUACCCCGUUGUCUUCAACACCGUACAACCAGGUUGGUGUCAAUCAAAUCUCUCCACCGAGAUCGCCACUCCGUUUCAAAAAAAAGUUGGAGGGCUUCAUGGGAAGAACAACUGAAGAAGGUGCGAUAAGUUUAGUAUUCGCUACUUCGUUUGGCAAAGAAUCCCAUGGAAAAUAUGUUGGAAAUGGGAGGCUUUUAUCGGAGUCAUGUUUCGUAACGAGUAAAGAUGGUGCUGUAGCCGGCGAGAAACUAUGGACUCAGUUGUCCAGCAAGUUGGAGAAGAUUCGCCCAAAUGUUAUGCAAGGAUUCUAGGGCAUCUCUUGAUUUUCUUUCGAGUUCUUUUUUUGCGAUAUCUGUGAUUUCCUAAUUCAAGAAUCCCUGCCAUUAUAUAUCA